CUUUAUACAAUAGAUUUGUAUAUACAUGUAUGUGAGUUAAGUAAGUCUCAAAAAAAAGGUAAAAUUUAUAAUUUUUCAAACUCACAUAUAUAUAUUUUUUUAAUUAAAAGUGAUACAAAAACUUUGAAAUUAGUAAUUUAUUAUUAGGAAGGACAACUCGUUAUAAUGAACACAGAAGAGUAAAAAGUUAGCAAUGAGAGCUCUAAAGAUAUUACUUUUGGGUAUUUCAGCGAAAAAGAUGAAGAAAAAAAAAAGUUAUCCAGCGAAUAAUUUAUAGAUUAGAGUAUUUUGAGAAGUUAAGUUGUCGAAGCUAAAAAUGAGUUAGAUGUGUUAACUUGCCCAAUUUGUAUGAAUAUUUUGUUUAAACCUAUUUCUUGUUCUGGUUGUACAUAAUCAUUUUGUAAAGCAUGCAUAAAUUAAUGGAUAACUCCAAAACCAGCUUUGAGAGUGAAUUAAAGUGGAAGUAAUAGCAUGCCUUUAAAUAAUAAUAUUGCAAACAAUAAUGGAGAAAGCACCAAUAAUAUAAUAUAAAAUAUCUUUAAUAAUAACAUUAACAUAUUCAGAGAAGCAAAUAAUUUCAAUAACCCUUAAAAUAAUAUUUUUAACGUAGCUUAAAAUUAAUCCAACAACAGAAGAUCUAGUCACGAAGAUGAUGAGGAUGAUGAUCCUUUUUUAUUUAAUUCACAACCUUUUCCUAGUUAGCAAGCCCAAGUCUCAUAAGAAUAAGAUACUCAUGCAAAUAUAAUUUCAUUUUAAUAAUAAAAUCAAGAUCGUGUAGCUGGAGGAUCUUAGCUAAUGUAUCAUGUAUAACAGUAAUUAUAGCAAGGCAUAUAGAAUUAAAGUUAGAUGUAGUUGUAAUAAAUUUAAUAGUAGCAACAACAAUUAUAAAUUUUAUCAAAUAAUCCGAAUGUUUUAAAUAGAUAAACAUGUCCUCAUUGUAAGCAAAUAUUUAAAGGUACCAACAUUCCAUUAGUCAAUAAAUUACUAGGAAGUAUGAAAAUUAAGUGUUUCUAUAACGAAAACGGAUGUCCUGAAAUAUUACCUUAUGAUUCUUAUGAGAAACAUUGUCUCAAAUGUCCAUAUGAAGGUGUCAAAUGUGAUGGAUGCAAAGAGGUAAUAAUCAAGAAAAACAUAGAUGAGCACAUUUCUACUUGUAAGGAAAUCAAUGAAAAAUGCGAAAAAUGUUAAUUCGAAUAGCCAAGAAGAGUUUUUUUCGAAGCACAUACAGAAAUGAAAUGCCUCCAGUUAUAAAUAGUGGAAAAAGAUAAAAAAUCGAUUAACUUAAUAUCUAAAGUAGAUUAAUUAGCGACUGAAGUUUAGUUAUUAAGGCUUCAGCUAAAUACCAUUUAAAUGGGUAUUCCUGAUAACAUUAAUAACUUUUCAUUCCAAACUGUUUUCACUAAUAAUUUUAAGUUCUUAGGAAACUAAGCCAUACUUGAAAAAGAUUCAUUUAAUGAACAAAAAAAGAAGAAGGACUUUUUGCAUUUCUUCCUUAACAGACCAUUUUAUGUGCAUUCGCCUGUACUUUAGAUGUUUAAAAUUAGAAUAGAUAAACUUUAGGGAAAUAUUAUUAUGGGAAUAAGUGAUUCUUAGCUUUAAAAUUCAAUGGAUUUUAUGGUGAAUAAGUAGGGUGAUAUUAAAAAAAAAGAAAAGUCUGAAAAUAAAUAUAAGCAAAAAGAUAGAGCAGCUAACUUUAUCAUCUAAGAAAAAAACACUAUUUUAAUAAAAUAUAUACCUUUCUUAUAUACAGUAGAAUUCUUUAAUAUAGAUUUAAAUGUAAGUUGCAGACUUGAUAGCUCCUACAUACUAGAAUUUCCUCACUAAUUUUUCUUCUUUUACUCUCUUGAUCAUUAAAGUGACCAAAUAACUUUCUUGUCUUGUUGA